AUGGCUGAACACUGUCAUACAAAACCACAUUAUCAAAUAAAUGAUACAAAAAAUAUUCAUUUAUUAACUGAACGUCAAUCAGCUACAUUUGAUGUUGAAGAACUCACACAAUUUAUGUUCAGUGGAUCUGAAAAUCCCUUUGAUAUUAAUACACGAAGAAAACUUAUUCGACUAGCAAUUGCUCAUCCAAUACAUAGCACACAUUUACCAUUUGAAUAUCUCACUGCUGAUGAACAUUAUUCCAUAUGUAUUCGUAAAAGUCUUUUAGCUAUUCAAGAAGCAAAUCGUUUAAAUAUUACAAAUCAAAAGCAUCGUGCUUGGUUUUUUGAUAUUUUUGCCAAUUACUAUUUUGCAUUUUAUAUUCAUACGUCGAUGUGUUUAUAUGCACUUGAAAAUAUAGCAAGUGAAGAACAAAAACAAAAGUUUUUACCACUUGCUCAAUCGUUUCAUAUUAUUGCAACCUAUGCUCAAACAGAAUUAGGUCAUGGAACAGAUAUAAGACGAUUAGAAACUGAAGCUGUAUUUGAUCGUACAACUGAUUCAUUUAUAAUAAAUACACCGAAGUUGACAUCAACCAAAUUUUGGCCAGGUUCAUUAGGUAGAACAGUUAAUCAUGUUCUUCUUAUGGCUCAAUUAUAUACGCCUGAUCGUGAUCAUCCAUGUGGUUUACAAAUGUUUUUAGUACAAAUUCGAGAUUUUAAAACACAUGAACCAUUACUAGGAGUUGAAGUUGGUGAGAUCAGUACUCGAUUUGCACAUAUUCUUGGUGAUAAUGGAUAUCUUCGUUUGAAUAAUGUACGCAUUCCACGUACACAAAUGCUCAUGAGAUUAGCUCAGGUCGAUGAGCAAGGUAACUUUCAUCGUGGAGGUGAUGCUCGUCUUUUAUAUGGUACAAUGGUUCAUGAACGUAUUCGUCUCAUUAACAGCUUCUUGGUUGCUCUAACUCAAGCAAUAACUAUUGCUAUACGUUAUUCAGCUAUUCGAUUUCAAGGACAAAAUCCAAAUGGGAAUGAAACGAAAAUUCUUGAUUAUCCACUACAACAAGAAAAAUUAAUACCAUGUUUAUCUACUACCUAUGCAUUUCUUAUUACUUUCAUAAAACUUGAUACUUAUUUUAAUCAAUUAAAAAUGAAUGAAAAAAAUUAUCUUGAACAACUGCCAGAACUUCAUGCUCUUUCAGCUGGUUUCAAAGGAUAUGCAUCAUCUGUAACUGAACGAUUAGCUCAAAUAUGUCGCAUAUCUUGUGGUGGUCAUGGGUUUUUAGUAGCUAGUGGAUUAGUAGGAAUUCGAAAUGCUGUUGAUGGAGGAUGUAGUGCUGAAGGUGAUAAUGUUGUAUUACUUCAACAGACUGCAAGAUAUCUUUUAAAAGUUAUGCAACAAGUUGAAGAGAAUAAAACUAAAAAUAUUGGAUCAUCUGUUGCUUAUUUACAAAUGCCAUUAUGGUCAUCAACUACAUGCAUGAAUCUAAAUGAUUAUUGUCGUCUAUUUGAAAGUCGAUCCCAAUUAUUGAUUAAAGAGAUUUAUACAAAGAUGUUAGAAUCAUCAUCAUCAUCAUCACCCUAUGAUAUAUUUAUAAACAAUUCAAUUCAAUUAGUACAAAUAGCUAAAGCUCAUAUGGAAACAUCUUUUAUACGUGCAUUCUAUGAACAAGUGGGUAAAGCUCCUCAACAUUCAACAAUUGCAUUAGCUCUCGAACAACUUUUUUAUGUAUUUACGAUUCAUACACUGUGUAAUCAAUCAACUGAUUUUAUUCGUCUGAAAUUAUUAUCAGCUAAUCAAAUAUAUGAACUUGAAACUCAUGUUUUACCUGAUAUGUAUGCUCGGCUCCGUCCAAAUCUCGUCGCUUUAGUAGAUGCUUUCGAUUUGCAUGAUUUUGAACUUAAUUCAUGUUUGGGUCGUUACGAUGGAGAAGUAUAUGAAGCAUUAAUGGAACGAGCUCGACUCAAUCCAUCAAAUCGACACAGAGUUCAUCCAGUUUGGUUGUCAGUAAAACAAGGAACAUUGUCUAAACUCUAG